UAACUGUACUGACAAAAGAACAACUUUCACAGUUUUACCACUCGCUGCUGACCACACAGACUGAAAAACUGCCAACGGCGUGCUAAUUUCAUGUCUGCAUUUGCAAGUCUGUGAAAAGUAGCACCUAAACUGAGAGGGAAAGAUGCUGUUAAACUGAAGUCUUUAAUUUCCCCUUUUGUUUGUGCUUUACUAUGUCACCUACUGAUGAGUAUAUAAAGUCAUUUUCGGACAGUGGUUGAGUUUCUCAUCAUGCUGAAAUGAAGAGCACUUACAUGGCCUCUAUCCUGUGAACUGUUCUGUACAUGCCCUGGUCAGAACAGCAGGCUGUUGACUGCGUAGUUCAAGUUGGCUGCUUGGGGAACAAAAAUUCUACUGAGCUGAAGCUUUGGAGCAUGGAAAAUCAAUCUAUGGCUUUGCAACUAGCUGCUGUGCUCAAGGAGAUGGAGAGGCUAAAGUGUGAACAAACAACACUUCAGCAGCAGCAGAAUGCUCUGACUCAGGUGUAUAUAACAAGCCAUCAGAAAAGAGCUCAGAAGGAAGUCGCAGGAACAAACAUCCUUACUUAUGGUUCGAAUGAUGAAGAGGAAGACAACCUGCCUUUCUCUGAGGAAGACUCAAGGAAACGGGGGGAUCCCUGCUUCCAUUACACAGUCCUGGACCAGGCCUGGCGUGCCACCAAUACCACCACCAAGAAUAAGAUGUGUGACCGCAAUUUCAAAUGGAAAGGCUGGUACCGCCUCUUCUACAAUGGUAAGAGUCUUCAGAUGCCUGAGAAGUGUGUCCCUGUGAACAAAUGCGGCACCCAGUCCCCGCUGUGGCUGGCAGGGCCUCAUCCGAAGAGAAGGGAGGGCAUCGUCACCCGCAGGGUGUGUGGCCACUGGAAGAAGAACUGCUGCGCUUUCCGAUCCACCCCCAUCCAGGUCAAGAAGUGUCGCGGCAACUAUUAUGUCUACAAGUUCACUGAACCGUCAUCUUGUUAUUUGGCUUACUGUGCAGAUAUCAACACACUAGUAUGCGGGCGGUGCAGAAGAAACCAGUCCUGUGUGAGUCGAGAUAAGAUUAACUGGAGGUGUAAGGGAAAGAAAAGAAUGUCUUCCAAAAAGAUCCACUUCUUUGCUUCUUACCCUGGCCAGCUGAAAGGCAAGGUGAACAGAGUCAAGUACAGCAAGGUGCUUGUGAAUGUAGGCCGAGCCUUCGACAGAAGAACCGGCGUGUUCAAGGCUCCGGUUAAAGGAGUCUACCAGUUCUUCUUCUCCACUCAAACAGCCAAUACUGGUCUAAAGACUGAUCUGUGGCUAGUGGUCAAUGGUUACUGGGCAGCUGUCUCUCACACACACAUCUCCCGUCCCUCCACUGUUGGUAGCUUGUCUACAUACAUGACCUUCCUCCACAGAGGGGCUGUAGUGUAUGUCACCCACAACUGUGGUAGCUCUUGGGCCAAUGCUGCUUCCAUGACCAUUACAUUUGGGGGCUCACUGCUUGCACAAUGGAAAUGAUGUAUGUAUAAACAAUUUGACAAUGCAUUACAUUUUGUAAAUUCUUAAUGUAUCCUUGAAUAGAAUGGGAAUUGUAUUUCAAUAAACACGUGGAGAGUGUAUCAUGACAAAGUUUACACUCUCUCUUUGCCAUUAAUUCAAGUUGUAGUAGAUUGUUUUUUUUUUCUAGAUUUAGUGAUAUUUGAAUUCAACCAUUGUAACUGUAAACCUCUCUGGAGUGUCAGCUAAAUGCCUGUAAUGCCUAAAUGUCUGAUUUAAUGCUUAUAUGUAAAGAUUAAAAUAAAGAAAGAAAUAAAAAGUGUGAUCAGAAUAGAAUAGAAGAGAAUACUA